AUGCCCGAGUAUAUAUUAAGGGACGGGCUGCGGUUUGUGAAGCCGUACUACCGCGAGAAACGGGUCUCUGUGAAGGGCCGGUGGUAUGGCCGGUUUCUGCUGGACGUGCUGGGUUCCGAGUUCAGAGACACCACCGUGGAUAUCCACCGCGAGCACAUCGAGUCUGGGCUGGUGAAGGUGCAUCGAAGAAUCAAGAAGGAGUCGGUUGUUUUCCAGCAGAAAUCACUGUUCAAGCACCUGUUGAAGAACGGCGACCAGAUAGUCACCCAGAUGCACUGGCACGAGCCUCCCAUCGUGGAUGCUCCAAUUAAAGUCAUUUACGAGGACGACGACUUGGUGGUGGUCAACAAGCCGUCGGGAAUCCCAAUCCAUCCUGUGCGGACGUAUUUCUACAACACUUUGGUCGAGCUGUUGAAACAGCAGGUGCAUGCGAGCGAGCUCAAGCCCUGUUUCCGUCUCGACAAGGUGACCAGCGGUAUCUGUAUUUUGGCGAAAAAAGUUUCAACGGCUCACGAAAUACAGCAGGGCAUUCGCGACAAGCAGAUCACCAAGGUGUACGUGGCGCGCGUCGAGGGCAAGUUCCCCGAGGAAUGUGUGUGCAACGACGACGUUUUGGUGGUUGACUCGAAGCGCGGGCUGGAACACGGCGUGGAGUCGAGGUCUGCCACCACCCAGUUCAAACUUGUCAGGUACUCGGAGAAACUCAACCAGUCGAUUGUCGAGUGCCGCCCGCUCACAGGACGCACCCACCAGAUCCGAAUACAUCUACGCAACCUUGGUCAUCCGAUCGUUAACGAUUAUCUAUAUAAACAGGGAGUUUUUGCUGCAAACAAGGAUUACUCGAAUCCAGAGGUGUUUGACAGCCUUACGAAAAACGCAGAAACAACGCGCAAAAACCAGAUGUCCGGCUCUCGGUGCACGGAGUGCGGCACAAACUUGUAUCUGGAGCCGGAACGCAGCAAGCUGGUGUUGUAUCUGCAUGCAAUGGAGUAUUAUGAUAAUGGGGGCAAGUGGAAGUACUCCACCGAACAGCCCGACUGGUGUCAGAUAUAG